AGGUGAGGCGGCAGCGGUGGUGGGUCUGGGCAGCGCUCAGGGCGGCCUGCGGGGCCGGGGCGGGCGGCGAGGGCGGCUGCGGCCUCCUGCAGGAGGGGGGCCGGGCGGACUGACCGUCGCGACCUGCGGGCGCGAAGGAGGAAGAGCUGGGCUGGAGCCCUGGCCUCGGGUACAGGCAGCAGGGCUCGGGCACUGCCCCGAUUCCUCCUCGGUUCUCCUCCCCCCCGGGCCUCCUGUUCGCUCUCCUCUCGCACCGUUCCGGCGGGGAGGAUCGCGCUUCCUUCGCUGCCUGCCGGAGCUGUUGGUGUUAGUGCAAACCUCAGAACUUGCUGGUCAGCGGCUGGUGAGCCGGAGUGUAAUGUAACAACUUAAAAUUUUCAUGUGAAAACAGAAAAUGGCUUCAAGAGGAACAACGGAGACCAGUAAACUAAAACAAAACUUGGAAGAGCAGUUGGAUAGAUUAAUGCAGCAGCUUCAAGAUCUGGAGGAAUGCAGAGAGGAGCUAGAUGCAGAUGAGUAUGAAGAGACCAAAAAAGAAACUCUAGAACAGCUGAGUGAGAUCAAUGACUCACUGAAGAAGAUUAUGUCUGGCGAUAUGACUUUGGUGGACGAGCUCAGUGGGAUGCAACUGGCAAUACAAGCGGCCAUCAGCCAAGCGUUUAAAACUCCAGAAGUAAUUCGAAUGUUUGCAAAGAAACAACCAAGACAAUUGAGGACAAGAUUGGCAGAGAUGGACCGAGACUUAAUGGUUGGGAAGUUGGGACGAGACCUAUACACACAGCAGAAAGUGGAAAUCCUGACUGCCCUCAGAAAGCUUGGUGAGGAGCUCACUCCAGAUGAUGAGAUGUUCUUGUCAGCAAAUGCUGGUACAGCCCUGAGCCAGUUUGAGAGAGUCUCCACUGACCUUGGAUCAGGAGACAAAGUCUUUGCUCUAGCAAGUUUUGAAGUAGAAAAGGCAAAACAAUGAAGAGGUGCGUGAGGCUUGUGUCUCUCCAGUUAUCAGCAGCAUUGGACUUCUGUCAUAUUGCAUUUGGUUUUUCUAUUUUUAACAUGUUGAAAAAAAGAAAAGCAAAACAAACCCAUAAAUACCCAAACCGUAAACCUCUUGGGUUCUUAACCAGAAGAUAUGAAGUAAACAGCCUUAAGUGCACUUUGGAACCUUGAUGUCUGUACCCCUUAGUAAUAUCAGCUCUGAGGCUGAACACUAAGCGGUACUCUAAAAACAGAAGCAUGGCAUGACUGUCUUUGGAAAGAAUCAGCUAUUUUGAACUUUGCUGAAUGUGUAUUCACCUAACUAUUAAAACGUAAACUUUUUGCAUGUGGUUGUAGCAAGCAGAUCUUUUUCAGGAGCAGUCCUAAUGAGCAAGUGGUGUUUUGGGUGCUUCUUCACGUUGCUCUCAAGUUGUCUUAAUUUUUGUCUGGACUCCCUACUAAGUAGUUUGUACUGGGAAUGCAUUGAAGCUUUGAAAAAUUGACAUAGUUUAUUUGAAAUGCCAUCUUUCUACAAACUGUUUGCAGAAGAACCAAAAUGAGACUGUAUGCUGAUCAUUGGCCCUUAGCUGCUUGUUUGCUGUGCACAUGAAUGAGUGCCAUUGUGUCCUAGCCUGGACUGACAAACAAUGGGAGCCCUGUAGGGAGGCUUCUGGAGUAAUUUAAUCUUGUAUAUUGAAAUGACAGGGAAUGGCUACAAAAUGGCAAUGAGAAGCCCCUUCUGUGACCUCUUUCUUUAGCUCUGGGUAAAUAACUACAUGCUACCGUUAUUUCCCAGUAUUUCUGAGAUAGCAUGAAAUAGCCUGCAAGUAGAAAUGAGUUUAAAAAGUGGUGGUGGGUGGAGCUCUCAUGACGUGAUCGGCACAAGUGUUGCUCACUGUAUUUAUCAGAUGGUGGUGCUGUGGAGAGGGGAAGGGUCUGUGCCUCCACAGGGAAGUUAGAAUCCUGAACAAUCUCAGGGUGUAGGAGGAUUUAAAAUCUCAUAUUGUUGAGUUUUGAGCUCUGAGUGGGGAGAAACUACUUGGGGCUCUAGAUGUGUUUAACUUCCUGAUAAACUAGUUUUUGUAAAAUCAAUAUUAGGGAUCUUGUUCUUAAAGUACCGGCUGCUUCACCAUUUAAUUCAGGACUUGUUAGCAUUUUCUCUGAGCUGAUCAGAAGUCUGUAUUUCACUGAGAAUUUUUUCAGCUUGAGAAAUGUGCGCUUCAGGUCUGCUCUACCCUUAGUGUAUAUUCAGGCACUGAUCUAAUGAUAUUGGGGGGGAGGGCAAUUCUUAAUUGAAUUUCAUACCUGUUCCCCUUCUUAUUUUACCGCUAGCUAGAGAAAAGUAUACAGCUUCUAGCUGUAAAAAACAUCAUGAAAAAAAAUUAAAUUCUGCAAAAAAGUAAUUUCCCUUUCUGUGCAAAAAGAGUUCAAACAUUAGACAGUUUUGGAUCCUUUGGACUAUAUGUUUUAACAGGGAGUUAGCACUUCCUUUCUUUGGAGAGCUUCAGAAGUGGAGGAAGCGUUAUGAAAUCUCAUUGGCAAAAGGAGCAUUUAGCUGUGAGUGUGUUGACGUGAUAUUAUCUGGCACCCCUCAGAGAAAGUGUGACUUGCCAGUCACAGAUACAGUCAGUUCGCCUUCCCGUAAGGGGGGGCAGAAAUUUAUCAAGAGAAGAAAGCUACCAUUUUCCUGCUUAAACUCCACCAAUUAUCUGUUUUUUCUAAGUGAUAAAUUUAUUUUUCCUUAAAUGAGAACAAAGUACAAUAACCAAAUGUCACAGUAAUUUAUGCUAACUCUCCAGCAAAUGAUGUUAAAAAGAGGUUAAAUAGAGAUCUCUACUUAUAUUGCUAAGGUGAUAGGUGUAUCUUCACAAACAGAUUUUGUGCUGAUUUUAGUGGUUGAGUAUUUUUUUGACAAUGUGUCUUAUUUAAGUUUCAGGCGUAUUUCUGAACUGAUCUGUAAAGUGUGAUCACUGCCAUCACAGUAAGUCUGUUGCUGGAAAGAAAAGGAUGGUGAUAAUACUGAAAGAUCAGAAGAAUUCCUAGGGAAAAAAGUUAUCUUAUUUCCAUCUUGUUAGUGCUUUGAAUUAUAAAAAUUAGGAAAUACAUGUACUGAAAGGCUGAUACUGAAUUCUUUUAGAAUUAGUAAUGGUUUAUAAACCAACUUUUAAACGCAAAUGUUGGGUAGAUUCAGUUCCAUUUCACAGUGGCAUGAAUGUUUUUUGGCAAUGGUGGAGUUGGACCUACGUUUAUCAGCAGCGAAGGUGACCCACUGUUUUGAGGAAUCCUGUGUUAAAUGGAGUCGAACAUCUGUGUUUUACCCAUCUUAUAUAUAUUAGGUUUUUAUAGCUAGACUUGAGCUUCAGUGAGAACUGCCAUUAAAUUGAGUGAGUGGAGUGGAAAUAAUCUUAAAUUUAGAUAGCCUCCUGCAAUGUUAAUCUCAGUGUCACAUAGUAGUCACUUUGAGACUAAGUGGGUAGCAUAGACUAUAAACAGAAAAUUAACAUGAUCAGCAGACUGGGAAGCCUGCCAUACAAGGAAAGGCUGAGAGAACUGGAUUUGUUCAGCCUUGAGAAAAGAAGUCUUAGGGGAGACAUCCUCACCAUCUUCCAGUAUUUAAAGGGCAGCUGCAAAGAAGAUGGAGACUCCCUUUUUAUAAGGAGCCACAUGGAAAAGACAAGGGGUAAUGGGUACAAGUUACUCCUGGGGAGAUUCCAACUGAAUAAGAGAGGAAAUUUUUUCACAAGGAGAACAAUCAGCCAUUGGAAUAAUCUCCCCAGGGAAGUGGUGGAUUUCCUAACAUUGGGCACUUUUAAGAUUCGGCUGGACGGGGUGCUGGGCUACCUUGUCUAGACUGUGCCGUUGCCAAGAAGGGUUGGACGAGAUGGUCCUUGAGGUCCCUUCCAACCCAGUAUUCUAUGAUUCUGUGAUAAUUUAGAUUGCACUUAUAGGGCAUAAAUACUCUAUAAAUAAGCAAGUUCAUCUAAUUGUAAACUAGGACUGGAGUAAACAGAAAAUGUGGGGUGUAGAAUGUAUUUAGCUUUUGUAAACUAGGACUGGAGUAAACAGAAAAUGUGGGGUGUAGAAUGUAUUUAGCUUUAGUAGAUAUCUUUUUGAAAUCUAGUGUUUUAGAAAUGAGAGGAUACAGUGUAUAGACCGCAUAAUUUAUGUCUUUCACUGAUGGAACUUUUUUCUCUUUUUUUUUUUUUUUUAGAAGCUUUUAUUUAGAUGGGGUCUUUUGUCCAUUAUAUCAGAACUGUUUUCCUGUCUGGGGCAGUAUUAUGUUCUCUGACAAAGGUUGAUUGCAGCUUUAUAGCUGACAGUAGCUUAUUAAAAGGCGUUAUUAGACAGUCUAAAAUUAUUGAAAACAAAACAGUCCAUGGGGACUGUAGCUGCCUUCUUUUCCUUGCUGCUCAUUACUGGUGCUAAGUAACUCUUCUCCCCCACACCCUCCAACCUGCUUGCAGCAUUAGUAUGUAAAUUAAAUCUCUCAGCAUUCCCACAGAUCACAGUAAGUUUACAGUACAAUAAUACGGAAAUCUUUUUUCCUUGUAGUUUUAGAGAGGUGUAAAUUUCCAGAACAAACUGUUUUUUAAUGGAUUUGCAAAUACUUCAGGAUUUUUUGAAAGUUUCUGUACUGCAGACAGUUGUAAAAUUCAUAUUAAAUUAAUCCUUGACUGAAUAUCGUUUUAUGUUGUGCUCCUUCUGCUCUUGAAAAGAUCUCUUGUGAUUUAGAUGGACAAAGAUGAGAUUGACAUCAGUGACCCAUAUUAUUGCAAGAUUCAGUAUGCCAAGCCAGACUUCCCUUCUCAAAAGUUGUGAAGGGUCAGAAAGCGUAGCUCUAACCCAGAGGCUGGAUGUGUCCUGCAGAAUGCCCUGACUAUAAAUGGAGUUUAACAAGGAAGCUGUUGCCAAUAUGAAGCUAUUCGUACAUUGACCCUAGCAAAUAAUUAUUAAAGUAACCUACUUGAAGUGGUUAGAUAAAUGUCAGAGGCAUAGUAAGUUAAUUGGUGUGCUGUGCUAAAUAUUUUACCAAAUAAUCCUGGGAUGUACCUCCACUCGUAUCCCAAAUGUUGCUGCAGGGGCUAGAAAAAAGUCCAUAAUUAUUUGUUAUAAUAAUCAUUUGCUCAAAUUAAAACUGGUAACAAAAGAACAACUCCUAAAUGAAAGCAUGGGUUUGUGGUUUAACAUACAAGCUGGUGAUGUUUAAGUUCCAUCCCUGGUUCAGCGUUAGACCCAGGCAGAUCACUUACUCUCUUUUUCUCCUAGAGUAAAAUACGGAUUAUGAUACUUGAGUAUCGAGUGCUAUGAAGUUGUUAUUGAUCAUGCAUUGCUUUGAAGAUUAAAAGUGCUUUGGUUUUGUUUAUCAUUUUACUUCUGAAAUAAGAAUUGUAAAGUACAGGAGCUUUAAACGCAUCAGCAAAGUUGCCCAGGGUUCUUUUUGGCCAUAUACAACCUCCCUUUUUAAUCUUCUUUCUCUAUAGGGUGAAUCUAGUGAUUGUACUGAUCUAAAAGAAAAAGUGUUAGGGAAAACUGAAGCUUCAAAUGCUCUGUCUCUCUUUCUUCUGUCUUUGUCUCCUUGUAUUAUUUCCCUUCUUUGAUCUUGAAUGGAAAAGUAGCAAGUUAUCUUUGUCUUAAAGGAAAAAUACAAGAUUUCUUAAGAGAUCCCUUUGUUCCUUAUGUUACCUUGCCUGUUAAAAUCAAAUUCAUUUUGAUAGAGAAUUCUGUAUUAAUGAUAUCCUACUGACCAGGCAUUUAAGGCUGUAUCAUUAGUGGCUGAAAUGGUAGGCAAAUUAAAAUAAAACCAUUUGGUUUUGUUUCCAGUAUGGCCAUUCCCUUCCUAUACAAGGACAAAUAUAGUUUUUACACUGUAAAGAAAUAAAGUCAGCCUGCAGGCAUCUUUUAGUUCCAUCGUUUUGAAAUUAUCCUCACUAAGUUCCUGAGAAGUCCUUCCUAUUAGGGAAGUGAACUCUUAUUUCAAUUCUAUCUGCUUAGCUACCCGAGAGAGAGGAACAGGAGUGCUCAUAUUGGAGUUUUUCUCUAGGAGUCAUGGAAAAUGUGACACCUUGUCUUGCUAUGAGGUUUUAUGGGUUUUUAACUUUACCUUAAUAGGGUUUUACGCCUGUGAGGGAGAGGGGAGAAUUACUGGAGUUUAUGUUGCCUGAGAUUUCUCUCUCAUAAUUUGUAAACAUCCAAGCGUCCCACCUCAGUCAAGCGGGAGCUACUGAUGUUCAGAACAUCUGAAAAGGUAGCCUAAAGUAUCUGACACUGACAGGAUAAAUAAAAACGUUUCAGAAUAAGUAGUCUCUAAAAUAAGGUCUUAAAAGACAUAAAGACAGACAUAAAGUUAGUGGAUAUAACCGUAUGUAAGGCAUUGCUGUAUCUUGCACUGAAAUAUCUACUAUAAUUUAACAAACUAAUGUGUUAAUGAUAUGUUUAAUAGCAGAUUUCUUUUUAAAACAAGUUCUAAUCCUGUAUACCUUUCUUUAUCUUGCUAUCAUAAUAGUUGGCUGCUUGAUAAUGUGUAGGAUCAUGUUUUCAACAUGCCUCCAAAAAUGGGUCGGUAGUAAUCACAGAUGUACUGAAAACCAUCAGGCAGAACCACCUGCAAAUCCUGUGGACAGAAGUGUUAAUGUCUGGGUAAAUAGCUUUUCUUUUGAUUGUCCAGUUAAUGUCCUUGUAAGGUGAAGAUUGAGUUUAAGUUCUGUAAUGUCGUAAAAGAGUGUGCUUUGCAACUUUGUAAAUAUGAAAUUUAAGCUGGGAACACUUCUGGUUUUGAAUAAAAUACGCAGCUGAGAAGGUUUCUUACCAUACAAACUAAGUCUGGAUUAGCAGAAAAAAAAAAAAGAAAGAUUGUCAUAGUCUUUUUUUACACUAAAGGGCUUUUUUUGUCCAUCCCUCUAAAAUAUCUUUGCAUACCUCCUCACUGCACAGUCUGUAGAAACAUUAAAUAUUGUAACUAAGGCAGCUGAACUAUGUCUUUAAUUUUCUAGUAUACUCUCUCUAAGCUACACAAGUUGUGCUUGCUACUAGUCGUGGAAAUUUCAACCAACUGUUGUGACCCUACAGAAUUUAUUAUAGUGUCCCAAGUAUGCAAAGAGUUGAUUGAUUGAACUGCAUUUAAUUUUUAGGAAACACUGUAAUGUUUCUGCAUCAGAUCAUGAUUUUGAUGGAUUGGAAUUGUCAGACUACAUCUGAAAUAUAAAAGAUUACCAAAAGAAAAAAGAUUCCAAACUAAAACCAAUUCCCUGUUUGGGUACCAUACACAUCUUUGAGAGAAACAAGAGUUUUCAUUAUUGUUGCACGUGGUUAAAUCAGAUGGAUAAUGAAAGCAGGGCUUGUGUGUACAGAUGCUGCUGGGAGUCCUUAAUGAGAGGGAGAUGCCAAAAAAUACAGAGGGACUUGGAGUGUGGAAGGAGCUUUACUGUAAAGGAAUCCUAAAUGAAGGAGCUGAUUAAGAAAGAAUUGGAGAUCAGAGAAGGACAGAGUGAAUUGAGAGAAUUUUUCUAAGUCAAGCAGGGUUUCAGAGAAAGUUUCAUGAAGUUUUGCCUUACUACAACAAACAGCAGCCUUAUUAAAGAGGAGAGAUUAGAAGCUAUUGAAAAGAAAAAUCCAUUUAAUCUCUUAGAUGUUUAUAAAACAAUAUCCAAUCUUUAUAUAAUACUUGUAAAAAUGUUAGAGAGACUUAACCUUUAGGUAAUAAAACUUCCUACCAUUCCCCUGC